CUAAAACUUGUAGAACAUCUCUGACAUUGUUGGACAAGUAUAAUAUUCAUACUAGGGCAUCUGGUUCUUUAAAACAACAUUCUUAUUCAUUGAGCAGUGUCCAAAACGAAGACUUAGAGAAAGAUGUUAUGGAUGCUUUCCGUGGAGUUUAUGGAAACAAUUUUAAAAGAGCAUUGGUAGAGAGUUGUAAUUCAGAUGGAAGUAAAAUUCAAUGUAAUAUUUCACUUAUGUUUAAUAAAACUGAGUCUACAGAUCGUUUGAAAGUUAACUAUACCUGUUUAUCAUCUGAUGAUGAUGAUAAUGGGUAUUGUCUCAUCCCACCAAAACUAGUUGUGGAGAAGGAAAGCUUGAAAAAAGUUGAAUUUACAGUAAUUGAAUCCGAUAAUAAAUGCUCCUUGGAAUCAUUAUGUAGUCCUCGAAAUGACUGCAUAAUGAAGGGUCCAAAAUUUCAUUGUGAAUGUAAGAAAGGAUAUUCAUCUAUUUACAUACAGGAGUAUUCUGAUAUAGGAACAGAGGACAUCUGUGUUG